GCGCGAACCAAAAAGCGAUCAUCUCAGUUAUAGCUAGAAAGUAGAAACAAAUAGUAAUCUUUUAUAAACUGGACGUUCUGGAAUUAAAUCCAAGUCGUAACUACCACUAUUAAACUACAAAAUUAUAGGUCAAGACUGUGAGCCUUAAAAUGCCGUUUCAACGAUCCGAAAUGCGGUUUGGCCAUAUCGCAGGCCACAGCAGUAUCGCUUGGGCGGAGGAUGGCGAUAAAAUUAUAACUGUGGGACACGAUGGGGACAUUCGCAUCUGGGAUGGAUUCACUGAUGAUGAUGCAAAAUCAAGAUGCCUGGGGGAGAAGCUUUGGGCUAUUCUGCAGUACGACGAUCGAAUGCUGAUUGCCAACGAUUUGAACGCUGUUCAGGCGUACAAGUAUCCGAAUUUCGAAAAGGAUGGAAUAGAAUUUCGUUUCACGGCUAUCGUAACUAGCUUGAUACAAAACGAUAGAUACAUCGUUGCUGGCUCGGAAGAUGGUACAAUCAAAGUGAGACCAACGGAAGGCGCGGAGUUCGAACUGACUGGCUUAGAUGGACCGGUUCUUAGUAUGGCUAUAAGUCAGAAAGAUAUGCUGGCAGCUAACUGUGGUGAUGGUAAGCUUCGAGUUUGGAGUUUACCAAACAAGGAACUUAUACAUUCAAUCGAAACCUUGCGAACAGCUAAAAGCUUCGAGGGAAAUUCUCACAUUGGAACACCAAGCUUCCGACCAAGCCAGGGUCACACGAUGGCUUUUCCAAAGGAGGGUGAAAUAGUAAUUGUUAAAACUUCAAAUUGGGAACAGAUCAAGGCUCUGAAGCACCCUGAUAUUUCAUCGGAAUUCUGUUGCUGUGCCUUUUCACCAGGUGGUGAAUUUAUAGCGGCCGGAAGCGCAAAGGGAGAGGUAGCUAUAUGGGAAUACAAAACCGGUAAAGUUAUUAAGGGCGAAGUGGCAUCGAUUUAUCCGUACGCGAUUGUCACUUUAGCGUGGCACCCGAAGGAUAAUGGCGAGCUGCUGGUUUUCGACGACCAAGGACAGUUGGGAAACGUUAGAAAUAUCCUUUUAGACGUAGACGAAACAGACGACAGGGAUGAUUUGAUGGCAACGGCCGAAAAGGAAGCGAAUGGAGAGGUUGAUGAUGACGACGAGCUGGAUCUUGUUCAAAUGUACACUGACCAUGUUACAAAAGAAAAGUUGGUAGAUGAUAAUGAUUCUGAUAACGAGAACUGCAUAUCGAUAAGCAAAGUAAAAAGCCAGUACGCCCCCCAAGACGAUGAUGAUUUAAUUAGUAAUCUUUUGGGGAAAGCCAGCGAUGCCGGUUCCCAUCAAGCUGCUGAUGAUGAUGACAGCCGAUCGGCGACGAGUGACCAUCUGGCUGUGAAAUCGUUUCCUAUGCAGGAUUAUUUUCAAUCGGGAUCCACCCCAGAUUAUUUAGAGCAUCGUUAUUUGAUCUAUAAUCACGUGGGAAUUGUUCGGGGUCACAAAGAUGACAAGGACAACUCGAUCGAAGUAGAAUUUCAUGAUUCGCAAAAGCAUCAUGGUAUUCAUUUGAAUAAUUAUCUAAAUCAUACCAUGGCAGGACUUAGUGAAACUGUGCUAGCAAUGGCUUGUCCCGCUGACAUGGAAGAAAAAGGUAGUAAACUGGUUUGCAUCAACCUGGUAGCAUUUGGAAACCGAGAAUGGAGUUACACCAUGCCGGGAACUGAGAGUAUCGUUGGAGUUGUAGCAUCGGAUAAGAUCGUCGUUGUAGCGACAGAUAAUCGACUUUUGCGAAUAUUUACUGUGAGAGGCACCCAACGGGAAAUUAUUUCCAUACCGGGUCCACUCGUCUCGAUGGCAGCCUACGGAGAUCACGUUCUGGUGGCGUAUCAUCGUUCCCCACCCAAUGAGGAUCAGCAAAUCAAUCUAAUGCUGAUAACGUGUGUCAAAUUCAAACUACGUUGCCGUGACGUUCCAGUGCCACUGUCUGCUGGUGCAGAAAUCCGUUGGAUAGGUUAUUCAGAUAAAGGCUCACCUGCGGUGUACGAUUCGGCAGGAGUUAUGCGUUUGUAUCACGCAUCAGCUAAUUUCUGGUUCCCCAUCCUGGAUGCCGAACAGCACAAAAUCGGUGCAUCGGACAGUCUCUUCAUUGUAAAAGUGUCUGAAUCGGUUCAACAGGUUCAGCUAAUUGUAUGUCGUGGCGCGAAAUUUCCAUUGACCAAUCCGAGACCAAUUCCGAUGAAUGCCGACUUCCAGCAGCCAAUGUGUGAGAUGGAUUCGGAGAAGGGUACCCUAGAGGAUGAGCUGGUUAGAAGCAUCUAUCUGAAGAGUGAUGAGGCGGAUAAGAUACUGAAGGAAACCGCGGUUAAGUUGUUUGCCCUUGCUUGUCGCUCGGAAAUGGAACAACGAGCGAAGGAGUUGAUUGAAACGAUCGGGUCGAGCCAGCUGAUUCCAAUUGUAAUUAAGUAUGCCAGCAAGAUCAAGCGGUUCCAUUUGGCGGACAGUCUGGCCCCGUUGCUACCGACAUUCCAGGAACAGGAAAAAGAAGAGGAAAAACAGGAAGCGGAAGCGACACGGGAGAGUGUUGCUAUUGUCAGUGAACUGGAACACAUCACUGUCGAGGCGGUGACUAAAAAGGACAACACGCCGAAAAUUAAACCUUUACCCAUGAUGACGCGCAAGAAUAAUCCAUUCCGAAAAAGUAACACCGGCUCAAGUUCAAGUCACUCCUUCGGCGGAAGUAAUCCGCUGGGUCAUCUAACGGGUAAAGCUAUCGGAUUUGAGUCUCCACGAACAAACGGAACUACAAAUGGCAGCGACGAAGUUGUCAGUUCAAGCGGGUUAACUGAAACCGGUGCUAGCGGAUCGGGGGAGAACAACGAGAAUGUGCCGAAAAACAGUAACGGAACACCAGCCGGUCUGAAGUUCAUGCCUUGGUUCGAGAGUAAUAAGGAAGUGUUGAAGCGGGAAAAUCCGGACGCUGCCGAUGGGGAGCUGAUCAAAAUCGGAAUGAGACAGUUCAAGUCACUGCACGGCAGUGCGAUACCGCGGGCUUCCAGUGAGAAGCGAAAGCUAGAGGACGGAGACAGGGGCGACUCCGGUGUGGCCAAGCUGGCGAAGUUUGGCUUCACAAAAGGGUAGAGACAAAGUUGUGAGGAUUGAAAUGAAUGUAACUUUACAAGGGUGAUGGAUGCGGUGAUAAACAAUUGUGUAACGUGUGUUAAUUUCGAACCGUUUCGA